GGCGCAGCAAGUGGCUGCAGGUGGCGACCGUGGCGGGGGUUGGGGAGUGAGGUAGUCUAGGCGUCGCGGAGGAGGAAGGUGAGAGGGUCCAAAUAAAACUAAAUCUGCAGUCUGGCCUACUGGUUCGGGGGCCGCGGAGCCCCCACCCGGGGAGAUGGACCUCAACCGGAUCAUCCAGGCGCUGAAGGGCACCAUCGACCCGAAGCUUCGGAUUGCAGCAGAGAACGAGCUCAACCAGUCUUACAAGAUUAUCAAUUUUGCCCCCAGUUUACUUCGGAUUAUAGUCUCUGACCAUGUGGAAUUUCCAGUACGCCAGGCAGCUGCCAUCUACCUAAAGAACAUGGUGACCCAGUAUUGGCCAGAUCGAGAACCUCCACCAGGAGAAGCAAUAUUUCCCUUCAAUAUUCAUGAAAAUGACCGCCAACAAAUACGUGAUAACAUUGUGGAAGGGAUAAUUCGAUCACCAGAUUUAGUGAGAAUUCAGUUAACAAUGUGUCUCCGUGUCAUCAUUAAGCAUGAUUUUCCUGGUCACUGGCCAGCAGUAGUAGACAAGAUAAACUUUUACUUACAAUCGCAGAACAGUGGAAGCUGGCUUGGCAGUUUGUUAUGUCUUUACCAACUGGUGAAGACUUAUGAAUAUAAGAAAGCAGAAGAAAGAGAACCUCUUAUAGCAGCAAUGCAGAUAUUUCUGCCACGUAUUCAGCAGCAAAUCAUGCAGCUCCUUCCGGAUUCCUCCCAUUAUUCUGUAUUACUACAAAAACAGAUUCUCAAAAUCUUUUAUGCUCUUGUUCAGUAUGCAUUGCCUCUUCAGUUGGUGAAUAACCAAACCAUGACAACAUGGAUGGAGAUCUUCCGAACUAUUAUUGACAGGACAGUCCCUCCUGAGACUCUGCAAAUUGAUGAAGAUGAUAGACCAGAACUAGUAUGGUGGAAGUGUAAAAAGUGGGCUCUGCAUAUUGUAGCUCGUCUCUUUGAACGGUAUGGAAGCCCAGGAAAUGUCACAAAAGAAUAUUUUGAAUUUUCUGAAUUCUUCUUGAAAACCUAUGCAGUGGGAAUUCAGCAGGUACUACUAAAAAUUUUAGAUCAAUAUAGACAGAAAGAGUAUGUAGCCCCUCGUAUUCUUCAGCAAGCAUUCAACUAUCUCAACCAAGGGGUUGUUCAUUCUGUAACCUGGAAGCAGAUGAAGCCGCACAUACAGAAUAUCUCUGAAGAUGUGAUUUUUUCUGUGAUGUGCUAUAAAGAUGAGGAUGAAGAGCUGUGGCAAGAAGAUCCAUAUGAGUAUAUAAGGAUGAAAUUUGAUAUUUUUGAAGAUUAUGCUUCUCCUACCACAGCAGCCCAGACUCUCUUAUAUACUGCUGCAAAGAAAAGGAAAGAGGUGUUGCCAAAAAUGAUGGCAUUCUGUUAUCAAAUCCUAACAGACCCGAACUUUGACCCUAGGAAGAAAGAUGGAGCCCUGCAUGUGAUUGGUUCCCUAGCUGAGAUUUUAUUGAAGAAGAGUUUAUUCAAGGACCAAAUCGAGCUAUUCCUACAGAAUCAUGUAUUUCCUUUAUUGUUGUCUAACCUGGGAUAUCUUCGAGCUAGAUCAUGUUGGGUGCUUCAUGCAUUUAGUUCUUUGAAGUUUCACAAUGAACUCAACCUCAGAAAUGCAGUUGAAUUAGCAAAGAAGAGCCUGAUUGAAGAUAAGGAGAUGCCUGUCAAAGUUGAAGCUGCCCUUGCUCUUCAGUCAUUAAUUUCUAAUCAGAUACAAGCUAAGGAAUAUAUGAAGCCACAUGUGAGGCCUAUUAUGCAGGAGCUGUUGCACAUUGUUAGAGAGACAGAAAAUGAUGAUGUUACUAAUGUAAUCCAGAAGAUGAUAUGUGAAUACAGUCAAGAGGUAGCCUCGAUUGCUAUUGAUAUGACCCAACACUUGGCUGAGAUAUUUGGCAAAGUUCUUCAAAGUGAUGAAUAUGAAGAAGUUGAAGACAAAACAGUAAUGGCUAUGGGAAUUUUACAUACUAUUGACACUAUCUUAACAGUUGUAGAAGAAUGUUAA